GGUCCAAAAUUGCACUGUAAGGAAAUUUGUGCGCGCGCUUUUUGAGGAACCGGAAAUUACAUAACUGCUACCUAGCCUGUAUAUGCGAUGCAUAACCAACCAACCUUAUGCGAUGCACGUGCAUAGCUCGUCAUGUUCUGACGAAACUGGGUCUGGAACUCGACCCGAUGCUGAGGCGAGGCUCCUGGUCUAGUGCCAUAGGCUUGCAUGUACCGGAAUGCAGAGGGUGGCUAAUGGCUAAGAGUGGACUACAUGUACACUGUACCUUAUGGCUGAAUCGUCAAGUUCAGGAUAUAAGUCAUUUGAGGUAAUCUUGGUGAUGUCAUCAUUUCUCCACAGGAAGAAAGAUAUGGCUACCUAUAUUGUCAAAGAAGCAGAUCCUUUGAGAAAGUAUUAGUGAGAGGAGCGGAGUUGACCCCACCAGGCAACAGAGUACCGUCUUCAUCUACAUGUAGUUCAUUCAACUUUGGUCACUUAGAGAGAAGAGUUUCACUUCAAAUGAAUCAUUGCCAGGUGUGACAACAACAAUGACUGACCAAGCAAAACAGCAGGACCAACCCCAAGGGCUUACCUGUCCUCUUUGUCUGAGUGACUUCAAGAACCCAACCCUUUUGAGAUGCGGACAUACAUUCUGUAAGGUCUGUCUGGAGAAUUAUGAUGAGCAACAGUAUGGUAGAAGUUACAUGGAGUGCCCCGUGUGUAGGAAAUGCACAAAGCUAGAGAGAGACAGGAUCGCAGGACUCUCGCCUAACUUUUCACUCAAGGGUCUCCAGGAUGAGCUUAAGUUUGGUAAGGACAUCCAUUGUCCAAUUCAUAGGAAAGAGGAUAAGAAUAUAUUUUGUGAACUUUGUGGGGAUUUCAUUUGUAUCACUUGCUUCAUAGAAACCCAUCAAGGACACAAAAUCAAAUCAAAAGUGGAAUUAGGAGAAGAAUUGAAAAAGCAGAGAUUGGCUAUUAUUAAAGAAAGCGAAGCUGGGAAAACUAAACUUGAUGAGAUAUGCAUUGAAGCAAAUCAACAAAGGAAAGAAAUCCAGUGCUAUAUAAAGACAAUAAAGAAAGAAAUAGAGGAUGCAUUUGCCAAAAAAUAUACCACUCUGCAAGAAAAUGAAAAUAACUUAAUCAAACAGGUCAAUAUGAUCAGCACCACAUGUGAUUCGUCAAUAAUAAGGAGCAAAUUUGAUCAUUUAGAUUUAAUACGUGCAAUUGACACUUCAGUUGCUAUCUUGAAAUGCCAUGAAUCACUGCAUUUGCAAAACCAUGUUCUGAAAGAACAUUAUCAGCAUUGCAUGUCUCUUGAAAACACUCUCAAGAAGAUCAAGAAUUUCAAUGAGGUCAAGCAGCAAUACAUGACCCAAGUACAAGUUGCAGUGAACACAAAGUUUUAUCCCGCUCAGGAUACACUACUUGAUGUAGGUCAUAUCAAGGUCGGAGAAGUUCAGCCAGAAAAGACAACUCCGUUGGGUUCACCAGGCGAUAAAGAGCAGACCAAUAGAAGAAAUUCAAAUUGCAGUGAUUCAUCAAAGAAGCAUACAUUUGACAUCAUGCUACAAGAGGGAAAGGCAGGAGACAGACGUCAAGAAGUGAAGAAAACUGCCUCAGUGACUGAGAAUCACCCAGGAGAUGAGAAGAAAGGACUGAAAGUCAAAACAAAGAGUGGAAAAGAGGUAACUGAAGUGGAUUCUGUGCGUACCCAGGAAAGCACACUGUCUGGAGCAAAGUCUGCACCUAGAAGCAGUGAGGGAAAAAGGAAUACUGCAAUUGAAGACAUACAAGAGCUAUCUCAAGUUAAUCAUGUGCCUACUCUCGUUGACAUGAUACCAGGGCCAAAGACUGGAGAAAGAAGCUGUCAACAGGUAAAAACAAUUUCCCCAGAGAAUUCCCCAGGAGGUAAGGGGAAAGGAGGAAAGGUCAAAACAAAGAAUGGAAGAAAGAUAACUGAGAAAAAUGCUGUGCCUUCCCAUGCAAACAUGCUACCAGGAUCAAAGUCUGUAGGAGGAAUGGCAGAAAAAAGAAGCAGUCAAGAUUUGAAGAAAACUGCCCCAGUUACUACGAAUUCCUUAGAAGACAAAGAGAAAAGAAUGGGUAAAUUGAGUAAGAAGCAAGCGAACAGUGAUGCUAAAUGUACAUGUAAUCCUGAGACUACCCUUGCCAGCACUCUACCUGGAGGGAAGUCAGUAGCUACAUGUAGUAUCAGUCAGCUUAACUUCAUGCCUGAAAAUGUAAAGUCUCCAGACUGUAAAAGGAAUGAAGGAAAAGCCAUGUUGAAGAAUGUACAGGCAAUCAAUAAUACUUUGUCUACCCUUCCUGAUGAUGCUUCUGAAAAUACUCCAUCAACUAGUAGGAGUGACCCGUCAACUACAUUUACUGCUGCAAAAAUCAGCUUGGGUAAUAUUCAACCUUGUACCAGAGGUAAUGCUGGUGCAGUGCUAUCAACGGUCAAGACAAAUUCACUGACCAUUGUAAAGGAAGUUGAAUCAGGUGGGCAUAUCUAUGGGAUCGGAGCUCUGUCUUCUAGUUCUGUUGUUGUAGGUCAUGGUUGUCUUACGCCGAGUUCUGAGUGUAUUUCUUUGUUAGGUGAGAGGAAACCUCAUCUAAAUCUAAAGGAGGCAGGUGGCAUUGCUUGCCUUGCCAAUGGUAAAAUAGCAGUGUCGUGUCGUGAUUAUUCAUAUCAUAUUUACAAUGCUGAAGGCUCACUGGAUAAGUUAUAUUGCAUUCCAAAGCUCCAAAGCUUGAUGUCUUAUCCCAGACUAUGUGGUGAUCAGCAUGGUGAUAUCUAUGUUGUCACUGGUGACUCGUAUAUUCGUAUUUUCAAUAACAGCGAUUUUUUUCCCAAAACCGUCAUCCCAACUGGGAAAGUUAGAGCAAGACACGUGUCUGUCGCCAAGACCGGUGCCAUUAUCAUGUGUGGAAUCACAAAACGCAAGACGCUGCAUCCGCUCCAAUCAGUCACUGUAUACAACAGUGAAGGUCAUACUGGUAGCUCAAUCAAGUCCUAUAAUAUGAUGAUUGAACACAUGUAUGCUGCGGUGGAUAGUCAAGAUCGAGUAAUCGUAGCUAGGAUGAAAGACAGAAGUAAUACCAUCAGACUGACUAGAUAUACACUUCAAGAGCUAACACUCUUCAAAGAAGUUACAUUCAAACCACUCACACUACCAUCUCUUGUAAAUGUAGAGAGCUACAUGCACCGUGGUAGCUACAUGUAUAAUAGUUCUUGCAUGGUCAGCCUUUCUCCUACUUUGAUUGUAUUUUCUUACUCGCAUCGCUUGUAUUUCAUAGAGCUUCCUCAGUAGGUUCCUCCAAAGCUCUUGCAUUCCCUCUGAGAAGACAGUAUCAAAUAACUAUUGUAGCAAUUGCACAUCUCCUGUUCUGAGAACAUUAAGAGCAGCUCUCAGUGUUAGUGCGUUACAGCAAUGUAUUGUGUCUGCAGUAUAGAGAACACAUAUUUUACUACUGAUUCCUGAUGCAUUCUGAUGAAGAUAUUGCUUUGUGAUCGCCACGUCCUACGCAAUCACAAGAUCUAGUUUUCUUCCCCAGGCAAACUCUUGUUAAUGACAUAUAUGUAGAAUGAAAAGAUUUCAUCAUCUGCAUUAUAUUGUGAAAGUAGAACUUGAGGUGAUUUUGAGUGAUGAUAAUGCAUAAAUCUUCUUUGGCUUCUUAACAGUAAUUCUGGCUUUAUGUCAUAGAACACCGGUGGAUCCAGGAUUUCAUAAUUGAAGAGGAUGGGGAAAGAUAGUUGGUAGAUUUUGCUCCACAGCAUUGGUUCCAAGCAAAAAAGGAUAAGUUUUCUCGGGACCAAAAGGAUCCAAAUUGUCAGUGUGAACAAUUUGACAAGCAAAAACAAAAAAGAAAACACAAGAGAGUAUUACGGAGAAUGUCAUACAAUAAAAAAAUAAAUAAAUGCAAAUUAGCAGGUGGUAUGUAUAUACAUGUACAUGACUAUUCUUUGAAUAGUAAAAUUGCGAGUGUGUGCCUUGAUAGUGAUUAAUUUUAUGCAUUUGCAUGAAAAGUUCUUUUUUCAAGUUUCAAUAUUAAAAGAUUCAUGCAAUGUGUUCAAAUUUAUUUUGUUCUAAUACUUCUCCCUUCAUUGCUUGUAAUAUAUGAAGCAAGCA